AUGCGUUCUCUUCUGGACAGCAGCUGGCAGUUUGGUCCCGCGGGGAGGGAUUCUCUGGAGUGGACUGGCCCGUCGCCCCUGCCCUCCACUGACCAACAACUGGCAGGCCAGAGCUCCGGAGAUGCCCUUGGCCCUCGCUCCUUGUCCUCAAUCGCCGCUGGAUGCCUGUCCCUCCUGUUGCUCCUUUCACUCCUGCUCUUCCUGCUGUGGCGGAGGAGGCGGGGCUUGCAUUUGGAUGGGAAGCUGGGAUUGGCUGGAGUCAUUGCACUUGAAGACCUGCAGGACCCCGAGCGUAACUGUGAGCUGCUGUCGUCCCUGCGCCGUGAGCACAGCAUGAGGCAGAGCCAGCGCAGGAGGAGCCAGCGGCUGCCCUCCUCCAGCUCCGAGCAGGAGGUGGGUGAUGGCGUCUUCCUCAUGGUCUAUCUGCCCCCGCCCUACGAACAGACGCUCACGCGGCUGGCCCGCGCAGCCAGCAUCCGGGACAGAGACGAGGACGCUGUGACUCCCAGCUCCAGCCUGGAUUCUUGCCCUAAGCCUGGUCUGGACCCUGCCGCUGGUCUCGUGCUGGAUCCUCCCCCGCGUCCUGGUCUUGACCCUUCCCCUGGUCCCAGUCUAGACCCUCCACCUAGCUCUGGUCUGGACCCUCCCUCUAGUCCCGGGCCCCUUCUCAAUCUCAGCCCUGGUCCGGACACCAAGGCCCCAGCGGAGAUAAUGGUCAUAGAAGAAAGUGAGAUUGUGGACUGA